AAAACUUAAACUGACCCCCAAAACCAAAUCUAAAAAUCUCACCUCAUUCUUCUUCUCUGCCACUGAUCCUUUCACAAGCCCAAGGCAGCAGAAGCAAAAGCAGCAGCCAUGGCAACUGCAACCUCCCCCAUUGCCAGCCAGCUCAGUUCCAGCUUCGCUUCAUCCAACACCAGAGCUUUGAUCUCUCCCAAAGGCCUCUCCGCUUCGCCGCUCCGACGCAUCCCUACAAGAACACACUCCUUCACCAUCAGAGCUAUCCAAGCUGAUAAGCCAACUUACCAAGUGAUCCAGCCAAUCAAUGGAGACCCAUUCAUUGGAAGCCUUGAGACUCCAGUCACCUCAAGCCCACUGAUAGCAUGGUACCUAUCAAACCUCCCAGCCUACAGAACAGCAGUCAGCCCAUUGCUGAGGGGAAUUGAAGUGGGCCUAGCCCAUGGUUUUUUUCUGGUCGGCCCAUUUGUCAAAGCUGGCCCUCUAAGGAACACAGCCUAUGCCGGAGGAGCCGGCUCACUCGCUGCUGGCGGUCUCAUUGUCAUUUUGAGCAUCUGCUUGACAAUGUAUGGCGUUGCAUCCUUCAAUGAAGGAGAGCCAUCCACCGCACCAUCUUUGACCUUGACUGGACGGAAGAAGAACCCUGAUCCAUUGCAAACAGCUGAUGGGUGGGCGAAAUUCUCCGGCGGGUUCUUCUUCGGUGGGAUCUCUGGUGUGAUCUGGGCAUACUUCCUCCUCUAUGUCUUGGACCUCCCUUACUACGUCAAGUAGAUUUUGUAUCAUUUUCUGUUUCUGCAAUGCAACUUCCAUGUGUUACGGGAACAUAAAAUUGUAUAUUUUCUGCCAAACCUCUUUGUUAGAUCCUUUGUGAUUGCAUAUUGAUUUCCCUUUUGGAACUGUUAUGUAUGUACCGUCCUUCCAUUUGCUGCUUCA